AUUGGAAUCUCUAGUGUCUUGUUCGCCUCUUUGCUCUGGCGUUAUCCAUUUCUCCCUCUAUCUCCGUGAAUCCGAUUCACAUAGUGCCACAACGCUUGUCACCGGUUACCGACGAAUCGACGAGCGGUGCCUCUUCUUUCUUAUUAGUAACGCCCUAUUUGGAGUCUCCAUCUUGUAUCUACCCGAUCGGACCCGUCUACGGUCAUACAAAGCUGGUCUGAAUUAGAGUUCAGAAUGCAACUUUUCUUAAUUCACAUUCUUACAUGAUUCGGUUUAAGUCUCAUUGAAGUUCUUCCAAGGAGCGGUUUGUCUAUUGACUUAGCCUAAAAUGACAGAAAUUUUUAGCUACACGGCAUUAAGACAAUUAUUGCAAAUGUUCUUUGCAAUAAUGUUCUUCCAUGUUUCUGAGUAUCUUCUUGCAAUCACCAUUCACGGGAAGUCAAAAGUAACUCUCAAGUCCCUUCUGAUCAGCAGAAACUAUGCAAUGGCCAUGAUCUUCUGCCUGUUAGAGUACCUCGUCGAAAUAUACUUCUUUCCUCAGAUGAAGGAACAUUGGUUGAUAAGCAAUACGGGUCUGGCAAUGGUUAUUAUAGGUGAGAUAAUCAGGAAGCUAGCUAUUGUAACUGCCGGUCAGGCCUUUACUCAUCUCAUAAAACUCUAUCACGAGGAACAUCAUAAGCUAGUUACUGACGGAAUCUAUGGAUACAUACGCCAUCCCAGCUAUUGUGGUUUCUUGAUCUGGUCUGUUGGUACUCAAAUCAUGCUUUGCAACCCAAUUUCAACCAUUGGAUUUGCGGUAGUUGUCUGGCGAUUCUUCUACGAGAGGAUACCCUACGAGGAAUUUUUCUUGAGGCAGUUUUUCGGUAGCCAGUACGAAAAUUAUGCCAAAGGAGUUCCUUCUGGAGUUCCAUUUGUGAAGUGAUGCUCUUACAUUUUGUUAGUAAGACAUUCGACUUGUCGGUAACAUGUGGAUUGGCAAUGCUAGUUUUGUGAAAUGGCCAAAUAUCAUGUUUCCACCCU